AUGGGGCUGAGCAUUGGAUUUGUGGCCUUAGAAACCUUCAUCCACACACACAUCAUCACCCAUGUACUAGGGAAGCAACUGGAGGGGAACUUCAUAGGGGCUAAUGCAUUGGGGCAUGGGAGAGAAGAGAAAUCCAAUGGGUCAGGGCAAUCUAGAGAAAGAGAGGCUAAAAGGACCUUUUGUGUAGGGUACCCUAAGGUUAGCGAUUUUCAAAUGCCUUUGCAUUACCCUCGUUACACCAAGGAAGACUACAUGAAAAUGCCCGAGUGGAGAGUGGACUUGCUUUUGAAAGAAUAUGGACUGUUUGUGGAGGGUACCCUACAAGAGAAGAGGGAAUAUGCUAUGGGUGCUUUCCUUUGGCCUGACCAAAUCUAA